AUGGACGGGUCAGAGGUUAUGCAUCGUUUGUGGAAUCGGGAUCUUGCUGCUGUCCUGAACUUCCGACAUAUACUUAACAAUCUGAGAUAUGAUGGGACUAUACCUGUAAGGUUCACCCGCGUCAUCCGGAUUGGACGUAUCAGAAGACAAGCAGAAGAAAAUCUCCAGGAGGGUCGUCGACCCACCCAAGCUACCGCUGGUAAGCCAUUAGAGUUGAAUAACGGUAUUUAG